AUGAGAAUAUCCAACCCCUUACCCAUCCGCAUCCUAACCCACAACAUCCGCUAUGCCACCUCCGCUCCCUUCAAAGGAGAAAAGCCCUGGCCGUACCGCAAACAACCCCUCCUCAAUGAACUCCACUACCACACCCGCCACAACCCGGAAUCCUUCAUCUGCCUCCAGGAAGUCCUCCACAGCCAACUCACCGACAUCCUCUCAGGGCUAAACAGCAGUCCCACCAAACACUCUACAGGCUCCACAGGCACUGGCUCUGGCACUGGCACUGGUGCCUGUGCAAGCGCUGCUGGUGAAUGGGCCUACAUCGGCGUGGGCAGAGAGGAUGGCAAGCAGGCCGGCGAAUACUCACCCAUCUUCUACCGCCCUUCCAUCUGGGACCUGGAGUCGUUCAAAACAGUCUGGCUAUCCGAGACACCCUCCGUGCCUUCGAAGGGCUGGGACGCCGCCUCACCCCGCCUAGUCACCAUAGGCGUCUUCAAGCACCACGCGAGCCAGAAACGGGUGCUGGCCAUGAGCACACAUCUGGACGACCAGGGGUCCACGGCCCGAUAUCAAGCUGCAAAGCUAAUCCUCAGCCAGAUCAACGCGUAUCUCUCGCAGGCCCAGCUGGCACGUCGGAACAUCAACGGCGUGUUCCUUGCGGGCGAUUUCAACAGCGAGGAGAAUCAGGAGGCGUAUAUAGUGCUCACUGGCGCUGAGUCAUCUCUGGUAGAUGCCCAUAAGGAGGUGGAGGAGUCGUUGCGGUAUGGGAGCGUAAAUACCUAUACCGGGUUCGGGUAUGAGGAUGAGGGUCCAAAGAGGAUUGACUAUGUUCUUUUCGGCCCUGAGAGGGGCACUGCGAGCAUGCCGUGGACUAUUGAGGGGUAUGCUGUGCUUCCUAAUAAGUUUGAUGACGGCGUGCUCAGUUCGGACCAUCGGGCUGUUGUGGCCGAUGCGGGGUUGAUGUAG